AUGCAGAAAUUCUUGAAAAAAGAACAAGCAGGUUCACACCUUCUUUAUGCUCAUGAUGACCGUAACAGUAAUUGGAAUACAUACCUUGCAGAAGAUGCUAGAGAAAUCGCUUUGCACACACACAAGCUUGGCCUUGGUGUUACACCUGAAAUAGCCACAAAGUGUUGCUUGUACCUCUUGUCAUUGAAGAACCAAGUAAAGAAGAUGAUUGAAUACAACUGGGCAACCCAUGCUUAUAGCUACUGGGUUUGUGAUGGGAUCAUAGGAGGAGGACAGGACAACCAAACAUGGGAGGUUGCUCAUGCUCUGCAGCAGCAUAUAAGACUAGAAGACUACUCAUCCAAUACAGAGCUUAUGGGGCCUGUGAACAGAUUGGAUCUUUCCUCCAAACAAUGGAUUUCUAUUACUGAAUGA